AUGACUAUAUUAUUACUUCCACCUCACUCAAGUCAUUUGCUACAACCUAUGUCUGUAUUUAAAUCUAUUAAAACUACAUAUGAUCAACGUUUGUGUACAUGGAUUAGAAACCAUAAACAACAAAAACUACCUAGACAAGAACUAUUAAAAAUAGUACGUGAAAUUUGGCUUCAGUUGGACAAAAGCAUAAUUAUCAAUGGUUUUAAAAAGGCAGGAAUAUUUCCUUUUAAUAACUCAGUAAUUGAUAGAACUCAGUUUGAUCCAUUAAGUCUUAAAAGGUGGGAUGAUCCAUAA